GACUCCAAGGUUCUGAUGAAGCCUGGCUCGGGGACACUGGUCAUUGACAUCAGUGGGGAGAAGGCCGAGGCCUAUGAGGGAACAUACCAGUGCACCGCUCACAAUGAGCACGGUACUGCCGUGUCCAAUAACAUUGUCAUCCGACAGUCCAGGUCCCCCUUGUGGUCAAAGGAAAGAAACGAGGCCAUCGUGCUGCAGGCUGGGGUCUCCCUGGUGCUGCAGUGUCGGCCCCCUGCCGGGCUGCCCCCUCCUGUCAUCUUCUGGAUGGAUAACAUCUUCCAGAAGCUGCCGCUGAACGAGCGCGUGUCCCAGGCCCUGAACGGAGACCUGUAUUUCUCUAAUGUUCUCCCAGCGGACACCAGGAACGACUACAUCUGCUACGCCCGCUUUCCACACACACAGACCAUCCAGCAGAAGCAGCCCAUCUCGGUCACCGUCCUGGACAGUAGCCCCACAGAGGAGCGCCUUCCUGGUUUCUUGGCGCCUCUGGGACCCAGCAGCACCCAGAUGGUCCUGAGAGGGGAGGUCCUGGAGCUGGAAUGCAUCGCUGAGGGCCUGCCCACUCCAGAGAUCUCCUGGCUUAAGGAGGGUGGGGAGCUCCCGAGUAACAGGAUGUCCCUCCACAACUUCCAAAAGACCCUGAAGAUUGCGGACGUGAUGGAGGACGACUCAGGCGACUACCGCUGCACGGCCAAGAACCGCCUGGGCAGCGCCAUCCACGUCAUCAAGGUCACUGUUAAAGCGGCUCCUUUCUGGAUCAGUGCCCCCAGGAACCUGAUCCUAGCCCCCAAUGAGACGGGCAUCCUGACCUGUCGGGUCAGCGGAGACCCCAAACCCAAGAUCAGCUGGUCCAUCAAUGGAGUGCCCAUAGACAAUGCACCCCAGGACCCCAGCCGGAAAGUGGAGGAGGACACUGUGAUUCUCAGCAACGUACAGACGGGGUCCAGUGCAGUUUACCAGUGUAAUGCAUCCAAUGAGUUUGGCUACCUGAUGGCUAAUGCCUUUGUUAAUGUUCUUGCUGAACCACCAAGGGUGCUCACUCCAUCCAACAAUGUGUACCAGGUCAUUACCAACAACCCUGCCUUACUGGACUGUGCAUCCUUUGGCUCGCCGAUACCACUAAUCACAUGGUACAAAGACAGCCAGACCAGCAUAAAGAAUUCAGACCCGUAUGUGAUCCAUGAGAAUGGUACCCUGGAGAUCCAUGUAGCCCAGCCGCUGAACAGUGGCAAGUACACCUGCAUCGCCACCAACAACCUGGGGGUCAAGGAGAACGAUGUCUAUCUGGAGGUUAAAGAACCCACUCGUAUCCUGAAGCAGCCCGAGUACAAGGUGGUGCAGAGAAACAGCAAUGCUGUGUUUGAGUGCAAAGUCAAACAUGACCCAUCCCUCAUGCCCACCAUGACCUGGCUCAAAAACAGUGGCGAGCUACCAGACGAUGAGAGGUUUGUGGUGGACACAGAUAGCCUGACAAUAAAGGACGUGACAGAUGAGGAUGAGGGCACCUACACCUGCAUGAUGAACACCACCUUGGACCAUGACUCAGCCAGUGCCAUGCUCACCGUUGUGGAGGCUACUCCUACUCCAGCUAUUGUUGACGAGGAACCGGACCCCCCGACAGACCUGGAGCUGACAGACCAGAGAGAGAGGAGCGUCCAGCUCACCUGGGUCCCCGGUGACGAACACAACAGCCCCACACAGAAUUUUCUGAUCCAAUAUGAGGACCUGCUCCACCAGCCCGGCGUGUGGGUCAACAUGACAGAAGUCUCAGGGGCGAGCACCACAGCACACCUGGACCUCUCUCCAUUUGUCUACUACUCCUUCAGGGUGCUGGCCUUUAACUCCGUGGGCUACAGUCAACCCAGCCAGCCUUCACCCCAGUACAGGACCAACCCUGCAGCUCCUGAUGAGAAUCCUUCAAAUGUUCAAGCUGCUGGUACAGAACCUACCAACUUGAUUAUCUCCUGGAUGCCAUUGAAGGGUCUUCAGUCCAAUGGGCCUGGUCUGCAGUAUAAUGUCCAAUGGAGGCAGAAGGAUGUGGAACAGGAGUGGUUCGCUGAGAUUGUGACCAACUCCUCCAAGUACAUCGUGUCUGGGGUGCCUACCUUCAUGCCCUUUGAGGUCAAAGUUCAAGCACUGAAUGAUUAUGGCAGUGGCCCGGAGCCAGAAGUGGUGCUGGGUUACUCCGGGGAAGACUUGCCAUUGUCUGCCCCAGAGAGUGUGCAGGUCAUGGUCCAUAACAGCACCCUGGCAGAGGUGCACUGGGAACCUGUCCCCUCCUCCACAGUCAGGGGAAAAUUACAGGGAUACAAGGUGUUCUACCAGCGCCAGCGCAGCCUGAAUGAGCCAGAGGAACAGGAGGCUAAGGAGGAGCAGCAGGUUCUGAUAUUUAGCGGGAACCGCAGCGAGGGACGUUUACCAGGCCUCCAGCCCUACAGCAUCUACAACCUCAUCAUCAAGGUCCUUAACAGCAAGGGGGAGGGCCCCCCCACCACCAACAACAACUUCAAGACCCCUGAGGGAGUUCCAGAGCGUCCUUCCUUCCUGAAGGUCAUCAACCAUAAUAUGGACUCUCUCACCCUGGAGUGGGGACCGCCACUCAACAAUAAUGGGCGCCUUACUGGCUACACACUCAAAUACCAACCAGUAAACAAUACCAAUGAGCUGGGACCUGUCGAUGUCAUGACCUUCGCAGCCAACGAGUCCUCCAUUACCCUGAUAAACCUAAAGUCCAGCACACUUUACAAGUUCAAUCUAAACGCUCAGACAAUCAAGGGCUUUGGCCCCAGCAUCACAGAAGAGGCCUUCACAAUCUUGGACACAACUAAUAUUCAGCCCACUGUAGAAGCAGAAAAAGGUAAAAAAAAAAAGCCCCCUCACCCAACUUCCCCCAUCACUCAGUCUAUGCCCCCCCCCUUUCACAAGGUGCGUCCCAUAGGCCCGGCGUUUGGCACAGUCAACACCUCUGUGGCUGAGGACGGGGCAGUAAUCAGUUGGGAGUACUAUGGACACCAUAAGAGUGUAUUUGUGGAAUAUAUUGUAGAGAACAGUAAAGAGGAGUGGAAAAAGGAGUUGGUAAAUGGUUCACACUCGCAUAUGAUAAAGGGUUUAAAGCCGGGGACGUCCUAUAGGGUGCGUGUGGUAGCUAGGGACCAGGCUGACUCGGCAGUGCACAGCACCAAGGAGCUGUUGGUUACGGUGCCAGCUGUGGCCAGCCGGCAGGUUGACAUCGCCACCCAGGGCUGGUUUAUCGGCCUGAUGUGUGCAAUCGCUCUUCUUAUCCUGGUCCUUCUCAUAGUCUGCUUCAUCAAGAGGAACAAAGGUGGAAAAUACCCAGUGAAAGAGAAAGAGGACGCUCACCAAGACCCAGAGAUCCAGCCAAUGAAAGAGGAUGAUGGGACUUUUGGAGAAUACAGGUCCAUGGAAAGUGACACGGAGGAUCACAAGCCACUAAAGGGCAGCCGGACGCCAUCCAAUGGGACGGUGCGCAGGGACGAGAGUGACGACAGCCUGGUGGACUAUGGGGAGGGCGGGGACGGACAGUUCAACGAGGACGGCUCCUUCAUUGGCCAGUACAGCGGCAAGAAGGAGAAAGAUACACACGAGGGCAACGAGAGCUCUGAGGCGCCGUCGCCCGUCAAUGCCAUGAACUCCUUCAUCUAA